GGCUGAGUAAACAGCAAUAUAUAAUCCUAAAUUGUGAAAAGUGUAAUGGUAUUUUUUUAUUUAUUAAUUGCCACUGAGCAUUUGUUCGCUGAAAAUCUUACACAAAGAUUAAAAGCUGUUAAACCUGGUUGGUUGGACAGCUUAGAUUUAGCUUAUCGCUUGAGGCCGUCUGCGAGCCAGAAAUAACACCUCUCUAAUAGAAAACAAAAUAAACUUUGUUGAAAGAGCCAAGAGUUGAAGAGCUGAUGAAUAUCGGAUUUCAAGUUUUCCUUGUAGGCUAUAAAUCUAUACUGGCUACACUCUGACAAACAUUGGUUAACUGACUAACCAAGAAACUCACUUAGUUGAACGCAUAAUGUGGUCAUUAUACAAGAUACAGUUAUCAUCUUUAUCAAAUUAGUUUCGUGAAAGCCGUGCUCUUUUUAUUAUCUGUUCUAUUUGUCGGAUGGUCGAGUGACACUGUAAUAUCGGAAUGCUUUGUAGGCAAACAAAGCGAUUUCCACUAUCCAAUCAAUCAUGCGCCUGAAAGCAACACAAGAGGAAUAUUCAUUUAAUGCUAACAGAAAGUGAUUAAUACCUUUGUAAACUAGAGACGAAAGAACAUUCCUUCACAUCUCGCGCGGAUACAACAUCACAAUGCUAUAUUAUUAUCAUUAUUAUUAUGCUUUGUACCGGUGGUAGUAAGACAAAAAGAGUGAAGCAUUUAAAGCGCAUUGUGUUAAUAUUAAAUAUCGGCUUUGCAGUAAUUUUAUUUUAUGAAACAGUAUAGUUUUUAAGUUUCGAAAUUGUGUGACCUAGAUUAAAUUUCGGAAAAUUUGUUAUGUUGGUAUUAACUGUGUAAUUAAAUCUAAUCUUUGUGACUGUUUUUGAUCAAAGGAUAGUUUUGAAUUAGGAUCCCUUGCUGAGACAAUUCGUUUUCAAGCUGGUAUCCUCAUUUCCUGCAAACUAAUAAAGAAGAUUGCCUUACAGUAUCCGAAGCCGCGAGCGAAAUGCUGGCUAUCAGCGAAAACGCGGCAUUCUCAAGGACUCAAUCCCCUCUCUUCAAAAGCCUGAAACGUAAUUAACAAUCUUCAUAUUUUUUGAUUGACUCCGAGAUAUACGUCACGAUGUAGCCAAUGAGAAGCGCGGAAUUGACGAUGGGGAGUGGCCUCUUACUACAAAUGGGCAAUGGAAGAUUAACACCAGGUCCCACGUGGUCAAUAACAUUGUCAAAAUUUAACAACCUUGUUGAUUUUUGAAGUUUGUUAUUUGAAGUUUUGCAUUUCAAACAGAGUCUAAUCCAACAUGGAGUCGCCUACUGCAGUGUACUCGCCUCCUCCUCACCAUCCACAAACUCCACAAACUUCUGACUACAGCUUCAUCGAGCACGACACACCUUCGUUACCCCUCGGAAAAGAGUACAAGCUAAAGACAGUCACCGUGAAUGGCAUUGAUAUUGCCGCGUUUAACGUCGAUGGCGAAGACUUGUUGUGUUUCCCGCAAGUCUAUGAAUACUUUCUCAAAGAUCUGGUAUCUGGAAUGCACACAGUGUACACGAAACUCAAGCGCAUGAAUAUCCAGGGAAGGAAUUGUAACGUUGAGCAAGUAAGAAUGAUGCGAAGUGUUGGAGCAAUCGGACAAGUGGUGAAUCGAUGCAAGCUCAUCUCCAAAGAAGACUUUAAUAAAAUCUACGAAGACUGCAUUCUCUAUAGGGGGCCCGGAAGACGUAAAAAGAACCCUGACAUUCCCCCUGAGCUGAUGAACUACCCGUUCAAACACUUCAAGGUCGACCCUGAACGUCAACCAUCCGACCACAUCUCCAUGGAGACUGGUGACGUCAAAUCCACAAAUCACGCCUCCAAGGACGACACACGUGAUAAUAAUAACAAUGGCGAGAGCGUGACACCCUUCAAGAUGCCAUUGAGCCAGCACGUGACUUCACCCCGUUACCAUGGUAAUACGCACGUGUCUUCACUUACGUCACGCAAUUCAACAUCACCCGUCAUGAAUGGCACGGGAACCGGAAGUCGAGGCUCGCCCUCAGGCAACCCGCUUUCGUUCUCAUUCAGCGCGAGGCCUUCAUCGCUGUCCAACCUACCUACUAUGGUGAACAUACGCGGACAUAUGCCGCACCCAAACCCAAGCCCCGCUCUAUCCCUUUCUUCACAGGGAGCUCGCAGCCCUGUAAUACAGCCUACCCAUAGUCCCGUGCGAUGCUCAUCUGGGGGUGACUUAGUCAUAGUCGAGCCGUCGGUGCAGCAUGUCAGCAGUACUGGCACAAUGGAGCAUGCAGAACAGCGAGUAACAAGUGACGCCGGCUCUGAUACUUCAAUCCGAAUUAUGUCACGAGAGAUGGAGGCACGAGAGGGCGGGUCUAUCGAGACUCUACUGAGGAACAUACAGGGGCUACUAAACGUGGCUGCGGAGAAUGCACGGCAGCAACAGCGCCAAGCACUGACCGAGAAAGAGGAGCUGAGAAGACAGCUGAUGAGGGAGAGAGAAGCUCUUCAGAGGUCUGAGCGACUUUGUGCAUCAUUACAGCGAGGCAAAACAUUUUUGCAGAAGAAGCUCAAACGUGAGAAGAAAGCAAAACGAAAGUUGAACGAGAAGUUCGUCGAGGAGCAGCAGCGCUGUGUUAUGCUUCAGCAGGAAAUGAGCGGAACCUCUCAGGAAGCAAUGAAGCAGUUGAACGAAUCAUUGAUCGAAGAGUUGGACCGAGAAAGAGCUGGCAAGGACGAGGCGGAGCGCAAGCUUAAAGAGGCAAGAGGCGAGAUUCAGAACUUCAUGCAAAACUUCUUGGAAAAUCCGACCACCGUCCAACCGCAGCCGCCCAGGGACGAAAUUAUUAUCGAGCAAGAACACAACGUCAAGGAAGAACAGCUGAUGAACAUCAACUAGGCACGCGGGCUAACAACAGGGAGCCAAUAAUCAACAAUUAGGCACGUGGACUCAAAUAGGGGAGCUAAUGAACAUCAUUAACGCACGUGAACUCAAAUAAGGGAGCCAAUAAACAUCAUUAAGGCACGUGAACUCAAAUAGGGGAGCCAAUGAACAUCAAUAAGGCACGUGAACUCAAAUAGGGGAGCCAAUGAACAUCAAUAAGGCACGUGAACUCAAAUAGGGGAGGCAAUGAACAUCAAUAAGGCACGUGAACUCAAAUAGGGAAGCCAAUGAACAUCAAUAAGGCACGUGAACGUUCAAGGAGAACUAGUUUGCCUUAACUGAAAUAAAUUAAUUUGAUAUAUCAUAUAAUUUUGGGUAAACGUUCUAUUUUGGAAGGUAGUGAUAUUAUUUUUAAGUAUUCCUUAAUUUGCUAGCUAUGCUUUUUAUUCUUUCUUCGACGUUGUUGCAGAUUUUUGUGCGCGGCUACAACCUACGUGACAUAGUAUGUUUGACAUACCACAUGGAUGCAUACGCCUGUACGCAACAACUCUGUUGUUUAAUACUUUGUAUAUAAUUUAUACCUUGAUUGUAUAACAUAUACUAUUUUUGUAGCUGAUAAACUUAUUGGAGAAUAUUUUGAAUAAUAUAUAUUGAAAAUAAAUUGCCUAUUUUUGCAA